AUUGGACGUGUGUGAGCCGAGGAGGAGAGUCGAGGGGCAGAGGAGCCACUUCUCCAGGAGACGAAUGGAGACCGGUUGGGCUGUUUGUUUUAAUCCAAUCGCCCUGUAUUUUCUAACUAAGGGGAUCACAGGCUCCGCUUUGAGGGACCUCCCAGUGCGGACGGCACACGUGUCCACGGCGGCCGCCGGGUCCCUCUGGCGCCCGAUGACUGAAGGAGUCCCGAGAAAAGAAAAGAAUCGACUGUCCGCUCCGAGCCGCAGCUGCAUUUCUAACACGGAGACCCGAGUUCCCAAAUGUCUCUCGGAGAUGAACGAGUACGAACGUAGAAGUCGUGUUUCCGGGGAUCCUCAGGGCUCUUUUACCGGAAUGUGUGUUUUCUUUAUCGGGAAAAAGAGUAUUUUCUUUAAUGUCACAGAGUCUAAACCGAACUCUUGGUGGAUUAUCGGCCGCUUGGUACCAAACCGACGGCCUCCUCAGCCUUCGAUGUCACCGAGGUGUGUCUGAUGUGACGCCAGCGGGCUGGCCGAGGGAGCGCGACCUCAAUACAAUGUAGACGCCGAAAAGCCAACAGAACAAGAGCCUGAAGGAGGAAGAACAUCCGCGGCCCGAACGUCACCAGAGAUAAGAAGCCGACGAGAGAAGAGAAGAGAGAGAGAAGCCGCGGACUGUGAAUCAUUGACGUGAACCCGCUUGGCGCCACCCGCUCCUCCCCCCCUCACACGGAAAGUGCUCACUCGCCCUCGCGUCCUCGGCUCUGUCGGGCCUCCCGCUGUCCUCCGCCAUGUGCCAUGUCAUCGUCACCUGCCGCUCCAUGCUGUGGACCCUGCUGAGCAUCGUGGCCGCCUUCGGGGAGCUCAUCGCCUUCAUGAGCACCGACUGGCUGGUCGGAUUCCCUCGCACCCCCGACGCCGGCUUCGCUCCCCACGGGGCCACGGCGGCCGGAGAGGCCUACCGGCCCACGCUGGGCAUCUACGGCCGCUGCGUCAAACUGCCCCACCUGAAGCGCCGGAUACUGUGCGGGCCGUACGCCAUACACUUUGGGGAGAUCGCCAGCGGGUUCUGGCAGGCCACCUCCAUCUUCCUGGCGGCGGGGAUCCUGCUGCUGUGUGCCGUGGCGUUCAUCUCGGUCUUCACCAUGUGCUUCCAGAGCAUCAUGAAGAAGAGCAUCUUCAACGUGUGCGGGCUGCUGCAAGGGAUCGCAGGUCUGUUCCUGAUCCUGGGUCUGAUGCUGUACCCCGCCGGCUGGGGUUCAGAGAAGGUGCAGCUGUACUGCGGCGCCGACGCGUCCCCGUACCGGGCCGGGCUCUGCUCCAUGGGCUGGGCCUUCUACACCGCCAUGGGGGGCACCGUGCUCACCUUCGUCUGCGCCGUCUUCUCCGCGCAGGCCGAGAUCGCCACGUCCAGCGACAAGGUCCAGGAGGAGAUCGAGGAGGGGAAGAGCCUCAUCUGCCUGCUCUGAGGCCCAGGAACUUUAGCCCCGCGGGGGGCGAAGAGGGAGAGGAAGAGGAGCCCCCGGCCCUUCUGACUUUAAUAAGGCCGGGCUGUGAAACGGAGGCCUGCGUUGUUUACCACUAAUACCGACUUUUUGUUUGUCUCCGUUUUGUGUUCACGUGGGAGAGAAAUCCACAAGUGCCAAGUGUUGAUUCUUUUGUUUUAGUUUUUUUCUCAGUGUCGUCGUGUUUAACUGUGUACGUCUGCCACAAAACCUUCUGUAAAUAAGUGUGAUUAUAUAUAAUUUGUACAUAGUGAUGAUCGCAGAAUGAUUGGCUGGGCUGAUGAUGUCACUCUUGCCUUUUAGAAGAAAAAAAACAACGUUUUUAUGCCACCAGACCACGAGCUGCCGACCCGUUAACUCGACAAGGGAACCACUACUCAGUCCGAAUGAACCUCCUUCACGUGGUCCGAACCCUCGGAGUGUAUCGACGGAUGGAGGAUACUUCUGUCAGGGUGACGAAGGGAGCUGCGCCCGCAGCGUUGCUAUUGGUUGUGACGUCUGGGUUCAGGUGCCACAGGUGGAGUCACAGGUGGAGUCAAACGAAUAAAGAGAACGGAGGAGAAAAAGACUGUUUCAGUUCUUUGUGCCGGGGAAGCAUUAAUUGUGGGGAGGAAAGGAGGGAAGGAAAGAAGGAGGGAGGAGACGCUGAGACCUCGGUUUGGCCCUCAAGGUGGGGGCGGCUACUUUUCCAGCCAGCGGAUGAUCAGUUCUUUUCCACUGAUGCAGAACUGAACUCUGUGUGUGUGUGUGUGUGUGUGUGUGUGUGUGUGUGUGUCACAUUUAACUAAGUCAAAGUAUCUGACGAAAAGGUCACACGUUGCAAAAGGUCGAGAAGCAUCGUGUCCACGUCUCGUUACCUGCAGACAAGUCUUCAAAAAACGUCUGUCUGCACAGGCAGCGAAAUAUGUGAACGGAUUUAGUGCAACACAAGAUUCCACUUGUGUUUGUUUACAUUUAAACACAUUGUUAUUUAUAAAACCAGCAGUCAUUUAGAGUCAGACGACAGAGCAGGGGCGGGGCUUACUGUGAUUGACGGGUCGCUAUCACAGCAUGUCCAUGUUCUCAUCUUACAACUAUCACUUCACUUUGUGAAGAAUAUAGUUUUUCUUUUAGUCUCUAUAAGCUUAGUUCCACCCGCUCGGAUCACCUGCUUCCUAAAGGAAACCUCAUGUAUGCGCUGCAGCUCCUGACGCGGUUCUCGUUGUGGCGUUGGACUACUACGACGAGCAUAUUGAUUAUAACAACUCUACAAAAUGUGGAAACCUGUCCGUGUGGCAGGCGGGAGAAACGCGGCCCACCGAGGAGCCUCGGGCGUCCCGUCCCUCCACCAGCACCCUGGAACCCAAACGGGGCUGUGAUGACUUCCAGACCCGCCACGUGACCAGCGGGGCCGACGCGAGCGCCAUUCAAAUGGCACAAGCAGCUUUUCCCGUAUGAAAAGAUGAUGUAAUCGUUUAGAAAGUGACUCGCUCACGUUAGCAUUACAGUCGCUAGUUGCACGCUAGCUGGAUACUUAAUGUUAGUGUUCAUCAUCAGGACUCAUCUUUAUUAGUGUCUUGUCAGCUUUUCAUUUCCCGGCUGAAUUAUUAUCUUGAUGUAAAUAAAUGAUUUGCCUCCUUUUGGCCACGACGAAACAUGA